AUGCAAAAACAACGAUUGAUGAGAAAUUGCAAGGUACGAUCGUUUUUCGCAGCAGAAGUGGGUGCCCUGGCUAGGGAUGGGGAAAUCUGCCAUGUGAGGAUGAUAGCCGGCAAAGAGCACCGUCUUAGACUGUAUCGUUACCGCGGGUAUUCUACCAAGGCGCGUACUGCUGGAAGCACAGGGAGCGCGGCGGCAGACGAAUAUGUCGGGGGUUUUAAGGAGCCGCCAAGAAUUAAUCCGGUGGGGAUUCAGUAUCUCAGUGAGUCGCUUCACCGGCAGCUUUUCGGCAACAAGAAGAAUAGCCAGAGGGAGGAUUUGUUAUCACCUGAGAAAAAAAGGACGUUGGUCAAUCUCGCGAAGCAGUCACUCGGUAGUUUCGACCUACUAGGGAAAAAGACAUGCAUCACAGAGCCCAUUUCGUUUGAGUUACCCAAGUUGCAAGGCACUUCUUUGGACGAACACUUUCAGAAAUUAGGUCAUUUUGCGUCCGAACCGUACAAGACAAUGGCCCUGAAGAAAUUUACGAGCUUAGUUGCGAGGCCUUCCGAAUGGAUAAAAAGACCUGGAUGGACGAGGUAUGAACCCGGGAAAGCGCCAGAAAAUGUUGGUUGGCCCCUAGAAGACACAAUGGUUUUCGAUGUGGAGACAUUGUAUAAGAUUUCUCCUUAUCCGACCCUCGCAGUAGCCGUGACAAGCAAAGCCUGGUAUCUAUGGUGUUCGCCGUACAUUUGUGGCAAUAAUUCUGUUGAACAUUUGAUUCCCAUGGAUACAACAAAAAAAUCGAGACUAGUUAUUGGACACAACGUAGCAUAUGAUAGAGCUCGUGUCUUGGAGGAAUACAACUUUGAAAAUUCAAAGGCCUUUUUCAUUGAUACACAAUCGUUGCAUAUUGCUUCGUCCGGUCUUUGUUCCAGACAAAGACCGAGAUUUAUGAAGACUAAAAAAUAUUUGGGAUUUCAUUCUGAUGAAAGAAAAAAAACUGAAAAUGACGUAGAUCUGGCUAGUGAACACGAUCCUAGUUCUUCUGAAGCAUUACUUCAAAACCUGGAGGAUGAUCCAUGGCUAGGCGUUUCGGCAAUGAACUCGUUACGCGAUGUUGCAUUCUUCCAUUGUGGCAUUCGAAUGGAUAAGGAGCCUAGAAAUUUUUUUAGCAGUACAGAUAGGAAUAUUGUUGUCGAAAACUUUAAUCAUUUGGUUAAUUACUGUGCUACAGAUGUUGAGACAACAAGUAGAGUCUUUGACAAAGUAAUGCCUCUUUUCUUACAGAAAUGCCCUCACCCUGUUUCCUUUGGAGCUCUUCGGUUUUUAAGUAGUUGUAUCUUACCGACUCGCCAUAGUGAAUGGAACGACUAUAUUACACGCUGUGAAAAAAUAUACCAGGAAUCUAAAAAAAAAAUUGAAGACAAAAUCAUUGAAAUUAUAGAACGUACAAUAAAGUUAGCAAAUGAUGAUAAAAGUAUGGAUUAUAUCAAGAAUGACCCGUGGUUAUGUCAAUUGGACUGGACAGUUAAACCGACAAAAAUAACCAAAAAAGGUACCCCAGCUAAAAAUCAAAAGUUUCCUGGCCUUCCAGAGUGGUACAGAUCUCUGUUCCAGAAUAAAACAGCCACAAGACCAUCAAUAACAAUCAGAUCAAGAAGUAUCCCAAUAUUUUUCAGAUUAUCAUGGGAAGGCUAUCCUUGUGUAUGGACGGAUAACGAUGGCUGGUGCUUUCCCGUUCCAGUCAAUAUGGUGGAGAAAUUCAAGAAUAAGAAUUAUUUUAUUGCUAGCAAGGAAUCCACUGAUUAUUAUUUGCAGAGUAUCAGUGGGGUAGGCUCUUCGGUAGAUAAAAAUCGGGCUUUAUUCAAGGUCCCCCAUCCAAACGGUCCCCAAUUCAACUGUACCACUUUAUUAAGUAAGCCAUACAUUCAUUUUUUUGAAAAGGGAAUAUUGUCAUCUGAAUCUGAUCUUGCCCACGAAGCGCUUCACAUGAACUCAUCUGGCUCUUACUGGAUGUCAAGUCGUGAACGCAUUGGGUCACAAUUUGUGGUACCACAGAAUAGGUUUCCAAAUCAGUUCAAAGAUCUCAGCUCUACCAAAUCUCUGAAGAGCAAGAAGGAUCUCGGUAUUAUCAUACCCGGAAUCAUUCCAAUGGGUACUGUUACAAGGAGAGCAGUGGAAAAGACAUGGUUAACAGCAUCAAAUGCAAAACCUAAUAGAGUCGGCUCAGAGCUAAAAGCUCAAGUGAAAGCACCUGAUGGAUACUGCUUUGUUGGUGCAGAUGUAGAUAGCGAAGAACUUUGGAUUGCUUCAUUGGUGGGUGAUUCCGUUUUCAAUAUUCAUGGCGGAACAGCAAUUGGUUGGAUGUGUUUAGAAGGAACAAAAAAUGAAGGAACUGACCUUCAUACCAAAACAGCUGAAAUUUUGGGUUGCACUCGUAAUGAGGCAAAAAUCUUUAACUAUGGCCGAAUAUAUGGGGCUGGGGUUAAAUUUGCAGCUCAGCUUCUGAAGAGGUUUAAUCACUCUCUGACAGAGGAACAAGCAAAAGAUACGGCAAAAAAACUUUACGAGAGUACAAAAGGUAAAACAAAAAGAUCUAAAAUAUUCAAGAAAUUUUGGUAUGGUGGAUCUGAAUCGAUUUUGUUCAAUAAGCUGGAAAGUAUUGCUGAGCAAGACGAGCCUAGGACACCCGUUCUGGGAUGCGGGAUUACUGCAUCUCUUCUGAAGAAGAAUUUAGGUACAAAUUCCUUUUUACCUUCAAGAAUUAACUGGACAAUCCAAUCGUCAGGUGUGGAUUACUUGCAUCUGUUGAUUUGCUCCAUGAACUAUUUGAUAACGAAAUACAACAUAGAUGCACGCCUUUGCCUUUCUAUUCAUGAUGAGAUAAGAUAUUUGGUGGCUGAUAAAGAUAAGUACAGGGCUGCUAUGGCCCUUCAAGUUAGCAAUAUAUGGACAAGAGCCAUAUUUUGCGAACAAUUGGGUAUUGAUGAUCUGUCUCAAAACUGCGCUUUUUUCUCGGCUGUCGAUAUCGAUCAUGUUAUGAGAAAAGAAGUUGAUAUGAGCUGUAUUACCCCUUCUAACACAAACUCAAUUCCCCACGGAGAAUCAUUCACUAUCAAUGAGCUUCUAAAAAUUCCUGAAGGUGACUUGAAAGAAUCAGUAAAUAAUGUUAUGGACAUUUCCAAAUUUCCUUCACAUUAUCGAGAGCCCGUUUUUUCUAAAUACAAUAAGGCCUAUAAGAAAGAUUUUUUGAAUUUUUUUUUGAAAAUGCAAAUUCAAAACGCCAAAUGGAAAGUUGACGCUCUAGAAGCGGAAUAUAUUCGGGUAAAGACUUCUCAGGAUUUCCAGAAGGAUGGUUUAAGUGCAUCCUUUGGUUUACUGGAUUAUCUCAAAGACAUCGAGGAAGGGAAGAAGCAAAGAGUUUCCAUUAUGGCGCAAGCUCCCUUCAAAGACUUUGAUGAAUAUCACAUGUCUUGUAACGAUAAGAAACUUUCCAAAGCCUGUUCAAGCUCGCAACAAAAAGAUAGCACUUCAAUUUUGGAUGACAGCUCUAAAACUAAUAAUGAUCCUUCAUCGAAAGCGACUCAAGACUCCUUGAUCAUCGAAGAGUUACAUCGUGCCAAUUCUGCUGACAUAUUUUCGACAUUUCCAGAGUCUGCUGUGAAACGUAAGAAAAAGUACACAUCCAACAAUGCUGGUUCUGGAAGGAGGUCCAGGAAAGGCCCUGCGGGACGCAAAGUGUAUGAUGAUUUUUAUGAUUCAUCGAGUGCAUCCGCAAAAAGGGUGUCUACUAUCAAAGUUCCAAUCGAUGAAGUUGUCGAAGAUGUACUCAGUUGUACAAGAGAUACAAAUCGCGAAGCUUUGAAUCAUAUUUCGAAAGCAAGCCAUAAGGCUAAGAGAAGAGGCACUCGAACUGAAAACCACUCUGAAUCUAGUAAUUAUUAUAGAGAAAGAGUAUUAAGCGAAAAUACUGGAGGUGUUUCAAAUAUACAUAGAUCACGAAAUGAAGAACUUCAGUCUUCAAAGGUACAUUAG